AUGGCACUGCCAGCCUGCGUCCAAGCGGCGCUCAGCAUCCCCGAGGUGCUCAUCCACAUCCUCGAGUACGUCGACGACGAAGACCCGGAGUCGCUGCCGUCCGCGAUUCGUGUCAACAAGCACUGGUUCAUCUGCGGCACCGACGUUCUCUGGCGCGAUGGCACCUGCGAGGCCCUGGCCAACGUGCCGCAGCAUCGCCGCCAGAUGUAUGCCUCCAAGUUCAUCUCGCUCCAGUUUUCGGGCGACGACGAGGCUGCGUACCACGCCAUCUUCCAGCACCUCGAGUUCCCCCGCCUCAAGUACGUCUCUCUCGACGCCUAUCGUCCGGGAGGCGGCUCCUAUCCCCUCCGCCAGUACCUGCAGCCCCCCUUGGAGAAUUUAUUCUUCUUCGGCGGGGAGCUCGACGAUGACUUGCUCCAGCACUUGCAGACGCACUGUCGGCGCCUCAAGAGAAUCAUCCUAGAUUCGCCGGGCGUCGGGGUCACGGCCGAGUCCUUUUUCAACUUCAUCGUCGGCUGCAGGUUUCUUGAGCAUGUUAAGCUCGACCACCUGCUUACCGACGAGCUCAUGCUGCAUCUUGCCGGGCGAUCCGGCCUCUUAACUUUGAGCACCCGAAAAAUCUUCUCGAUACAGCUCCUACAGCAAAUCUUGACCCUAGCUCCUAGACCAUUUAGAGCACUCAACAUCUUUCACGCCGCCGCCCCCUCUGCAGCCGUGCCCUUGGUCGUCGGCUUAGCCGGUAACCUUACCAAUCUUCACCUGUACAUUCAAGACGCUGACUCUGACGUCCUUGGUCUUGUUUCUUCCUUGACCAACCUCCACUUCCUGUCUCUGUCUUUCGUCAUGCCCACCAAACUUUCAAAACAAGGCCUCAUGUCUCUAAAGGACCUCACCAGGCUCCGCACACUUGACAUAGGCCCAGGCGAAAGCGAAAAUGCGUCAGAACUAACAGCCUUUGAAUCAGGCUUUACAGAUACAGACUUUUUUGACAUGGUUUCUCAGUUUCAACUUCUGUUCAGAAUCCGCUUCAUGGUGCAGUGCGACUUGCAAAUGCCUUCCGAGAAUCUCACCGCUCUCAUAAAAUGCUGGUUCCCGAAGCUGCAAGAGUUGCACAUCAGCGGCGACGACGAAUUCUCCAAGGUCGUUGUUGACGCAUUUUCAAACGAGUAG